AUGCCUACCUCACCGCCGCCGCCGCCAGGCGCACAUCCCCUGAGCGCAGGCGGUGUCGCACCACCAGCUUCACAGGCCAUGUGGUCAGCUCGCCUGAUGGAUUUGCUCAACCUCGUUCGACACGAGUUCGAGGUGAUUGGGAACGAUGCUGUGCACUUCAAGUCACAGCGCGACGAGUUGGAAAAUCGCAUUGCGCAACAGUACAAUGAGGUGAGCCUGAUGCAGGAGCAUAUUUAUGAGCUGGAAAAGCGUCACUAUGAGAUUGUGGGCCAUUACGAAGACGAAAUCAAGAGGCUCCGGUUAUUACUGGACGGUCGCAAUGGUCCUCCCCGUCAUGAGGGGCCCAGCACGCAUGCGCCUCCGCCGCAUCUGCCAGAGCACAGCAUGCGCUCAGGUCCCAUGACAGCCAUGCCGCCUGGCAUGAGCGAGCGUGAUAUGCGCGAGCGUAUGAUGCCCGCUGAACCGCCACGCUCUGAGAACGGGCAUGUACCUGGUGAAUCUGGCUGGCCGCCCGCGAAGCGUAUGAAAAGCAACAAUGCGCCGAACGUCCUCCAUGAGCUCCCGCACCUGAAACGAGAGGAUCGUGAGGCCAAGCGGUCGGCAGCGGAGACUAUGGCAGCCAAGGAAAGCCUAGCGCCCUCGCGUUCUGAGCCAAGCGCUACGCAGGACACGAACAAAGACGACGCAGCUCUUUCGUCGACCCCUGCUGCUGAUAUGCCCAAUGAAGCGCCCCCGAAGGCUACAGACGCCUCGGAAGAGAAAGCUCAGGAGGCAUUUGAGCCUGCAGAGUCUGCUAUGCAGGAGAUCAAGAAAGAAGGAAGCGAUUGGGUCGCCGUGUACAACCCGCAUGUGCCUCAAGUGCUAGAUAUUGAUCUGGUGCAUACGCUGGCACAUGAGAGCGUCGUGUGCUGUGUCCGAUUCUCGCCGGACGGCAAGUGGGUAGCGACGGGCUGUAAUCGCUGUGCUCAGAUCUACAAUACGGAGACCGGUGAGCGGACGUGUGUGCUGCAGGAUGAAGCGCCUCAAGACCAAGGCGAUUUGUAUAUUCGCAGUAUCUGCUUUAGCCCGGAUGGCAAGUACCUGGCGACGGGCGCCGAGGACCGUUUGAUCCGCAUUUGGGACAUUGCUGAACGGAAGAUCAAGAUGCAGCUGACCGGCCAUAAGCAAGAGAUCUAUUCGCUAGAGUACUCGAAGGACGGCAAAAUGCUGGUGAGUGGCUCGGGUGACAAAACAGUGCGUCUUUGGGAUGCAGAGACAGGCAAUGUUCUCCAUGUACUGUACACGAGCCCUGGUCUAAACUAUGGCCCGGGCGUGACGACUGUGACGAUCAGCCCCGAUGGCAGUCUGGUUGCUGCAGGGGCUCUCGAUACAUUUGUGCGUGUGUGGGAGACCAAGACGGGCAAAUUGUUGUGUCGUCUUAAAGGACACAAAGACAGCAUUUACAGCGUAAGCUUUAUGCCUGACGGCCAGUUCCUUGUGAGUGGCAGUCUCGACAAAACCCUCAAGCUUUGGGAUUUGUCCAGUGUCAUCAAGGAGCAGAACUCGAUUGAUGAAGAAAUUACCAACCCCUCACUUUGCACGGCGACUUUCUCGGGUCAUAAGGACUAUGUAUUGUCCGUUUCCUGCUCACCCCAUGGACGCUGGAUCGCAUCUAGCUCGAAAGACAGGUGUGUGCAGCUCUGGGACCCGAAGACUGCGCAGUCGCAGUUUGUGCUGCAAGGCCACAAGAACUCCGUCAUUGCCAUUUGUAUGAGUCAGACGAACAAUUUGCUAGCCACAGGCAGUGGUGAUUUUAAUGCUCGGAUUUGGUCGUACAAGGAGAAGUAG